CUGUCCUGCCUCUCUGACACACACAGACAAGUUGUAGAGAAAGGAGAGAACAAGAGGGAGACGGAGGGAAGGAAGGAGGAGAGUCUGAUGUCAGAAUGAGUCGGCGACAUAACAGCCCAGCGAUGGAAAGAACAGGCAGAUAGAUCCACUACAGACAGAUCCACAGGUGGUCGGGUAGAGCGCCUGUCCGCCGGUGUUUGGAUGUCAGCUGAGAGUAAAGCAGGAGGAAGAAGAAGAAGAGAAGAAGGAGGAGAAACAUGAGUCGGCAGCAGCAGCAGACCCAGGGAGUGGUUUUAACGGGUUACCACAGCAACGCGGAACUGUUACCGAAAACUGGCCUGUGUGCUCCCAGCAGCUGUCCCUCAGCCCAGGACCACGAGUCCACCGUGCCCAGCCGCCGAACGGGCCACUACACAGUUCAACAAAACCAAAACACACAACAUGGAGACAGAUACGGGCCUGCCUCUACCACCAGUAUUACCAAAACCAGCAGCACCGAGCCGUCGUCACUCCCCAAUCCCAGCUCCGCUGCUUGCCCCAAGUCUCAGCUCUCUUCCAGCCCAAAGCCUGGCUCCAGCCCCAGGCACAGUCCCAAUUCCAGGACCAGACCACGACCCUCAUGUCAGCGCAGUAACUCUCAGGACUCUCUGGACGAGCUGGAGAUGGACGACUACUGGAAGGAGGUGGAGAAUAUCACCUGCUCAGGAGGAGAAGCAGGGAGAGGAGAAGGUGGAGGAGAAGGGGAAGUUCAAGAGGACGAGCAGCAGAAAAUUCCUGAGGAAGGAGAGCAGGAGGAGGCGUGGCUUACAGAGGCGGGACUAGCACGACUGUUUGAUGAUUCAUUGGCCACUGACCAGGAUCAGGAAGAGGACAGCGCAGUGUUCCUGUCCACACUAACCAGAACUCAGGCGGCGGCUGUAGAACGUCGUGUGGCAUCACUACAGCAGACAUUGCUACGGCGACGCAACCGACAACACGUUCCUGAUGUUAGGGAUAUAUUCAGACCUCCUGAAAAGGAUGAGCAGCCAAGUAAACUCAAAAGGGGAAGUGAGAAUGGACAAAGAGAUGUCACCUCAGCUGAAACAGAGACAGAACUGAACGUUGAAGUGGCAUUUUCAGAGCAGGCACUCAAUUAUAAGGAUAACCAUCAAGGACUGAAGGUCAACACCAGCCCCAACUCUCCCGACGACAAACUACCAAAUUUCAAGCUGCUCCGAGAUAAAACAGGUCAGACCAGGAUAGGAGAUCUGUCGCCCCUGGAUAUGAAAAAGGUGCGUAGGCUGGUGCUUGUGGAGAUGACUGCUCUGUUUGACACUGCUGGGAUAGACCUUAAGGCGCACAAAGCUGUCAAAGUUAAGACUAAAGAAAGUGGUCUGUUCGCUGUUCCCCUCGCCACUUUAUUGGAUCAGGACCAGAGGCGGGCUCCUGGGACCAAAGUGCCAUUCAUACUGCAGAGGCUCAUCAGUCAUAUCGAGGAGGAAGGAUUAGACACAGAGGGCUUGCUACGGAUCCCUGGAGCGGCCACUAGAGUCAAGUCACUGUGCCAGGAGCUCGAGUCCUCUUUCUAUGACGGGAUGUUUCCAUGGCCACAGUUGAAGCAGCACGAUGCUGCUAGCCUUCUGAAGCUGUUCAUCAGGGAGUUACCCCAUCCAUUAUUGACUGUGGAGUACCUCAGCGCAUUUAUUUCUGUCAACAAGCUCCCCACAAAGAAGCAACAGCUGCAGGCUUUGAACCUCCUAGUCCUUUUGUUACCUGAGCCCAAUCGGGACACUCUGAAGGCAUUAGUAGAGUUCUUCCAGCGUGUGAUUGACCAUCAGGCCAAGAAUAAAAUGACGCUCAACAAUGUCUCAGUUGUCAUGGCACCCAACAUUUUUAUGUUCAAAGGCUUCCGCUCCAAGGUCACGGAACAACAGGAGUUCUCCAUGGCAACCAGCACAGCCAACAUUGUCCGCUUGCUCAUUAGAUACCAGAAUCUUCUGUGGACAAUCCCCAAGUUCAUCGUGACCCAGGUCAGGCAACAAAACAUGGAAAGUCAGCGGAAACAAAAUAAAGAGAGAGCUGUAAGAAAGCUGCUAAAGAAGAUUACCACUGACAAACCGUCUGAUAAAGCUGUCCCUGAGGAGAGUUCACAGGGGUUUAUUCGGGUCCAAGCGCCCCAGUUCAGUAAAGUUUCUAUGGCAGUUGAGCUCACUGCAGAGUUACAAGCUGCUGAUGUAUUAACACGCUUCCUCAGCCAAGACAGUUUGGUGGCAGUGAAACGAGAAGAGCUGUGUCUCUAUGAGAUCGGUGGAAAUAUCAAGGAGAGAUGUCUAGAUGGGGAAACGUACAUGAAAGACCUCUUCCAGCUGAACCCUACAGCAGAGUGGGUCAUCAAAGCUGUGCAGCGAUAAACUCGUUCCUACUAUCACACACCCUGCUAUACGCUGGACUGCUCCCUGUUCUCAACAACAGUAUCCUAAUGAGAAAGAGACAUCACCUGGACAUAGUUGGACCAUUCAUUUGUAGCAUACAGAGUUUUUAUCAUAGACUGUUUAACAUGGUUCCACACAUUUGAUUGGCUUUGAAAUCUACCCCCCCAAAAAAGAUAAUAUUCCAACGGCAGUUUAAAAACUUAUGAAAACCUAUUUAAGUGAAAUGUGUGGUAAUAUAUUUCUUCUCCAGUUCUUAGAAUAAACCAGAACUCUGAGACAAGAAUAAAGGAAAAUAACACAGUUUUCAUCACAAACCUUAUCAUUUUUUUCCAUCCCGCCUUAUGCUGCGUACUGGAAUCUUGCACCUCAGGUAACACAUGCCUGAAGAACAGUACAGUAGUGCAGUUGAAACACAAUAUCAUCUCUAUACUCCUGACAGACCACUGUUGAACACUGGUGGAAAUAUAUUGUUUCCUCUAGUCUCAGAGCUUGACUCACAAUAUUGUGAUUCUUUAUAUUGUGUGAUACUGUUAAGUAUUUUUAUUUGUAUACUGUGAUUUAUUACCACUAAUCACUUUGUUGUACCUGCAAUAAUAAGCUGAAAUAAUAUAGUGUGGGGCAAAAUAGUAUCUAAAUUCUAUUAAAUGAUGAGCAUCAACUUUUCUGUUGGCCAGUUUUCAGAAUAUUGUCUUUGUUAAGAGCCCAAAAAAGUUAAUGGUCUCAAUAUUGAAUGUCUUUGUAUGGAAGCACUUCACUAUAACCAGGAAGGAAUGAACAGUGGAGUGAAUGGAUGUACCUUAGGGGUCCAGAGCUGUGAGUUAUAUGUGAGGAAGGGGCCCCUUCUCUGGUCCACCUCCACAGUGAGCAUAGCAGAAGCAGCACAAACUGUCAUUUUGGGUUUAAUGCUGUCAGUGACAGGUAACCAGGGCACGCAAUGACGACAUCACUGUUUUUAUGGUACAUUAAUAUUCACUGUACGUUACAGCUUUUUGAACCGUGGAUGUUUGAGUGUGUUAAUGUGUGAAUCCAUCUUUAAAAACGGCUCGACAUCAGUGUACAAAUGUGAAGAGACGCAUUUCCGCAUAUUUAUAUACAUAUAAGAGUUUAUGUGGAAUAAAUCAAAGUCAAUUGCCUUACAAGUUUUGUACCAAAGACAUGAUCAUUUUAAAAAAUAUGGCAGAUUCUUACAUAAUAAUUUUGAAGAAAUACAUUUCUCACUGUAUAAAUGGCCUUAUGAAAUGAUACACUCUAACAAAAUGGGUCCAAACAGUAUCUGCACACUAAUUCUUUUGGCAUUUAUUGUUAUGAUUUUGGCUCUUUGACUCUUCUCCAGUUUGGAUGUCAGUUGAUAUAAUACAUUGGCAGAAGUUGAAUUUUGUCAAGAAUAGAAAAUCUGUUUUAUUUUUUUGGCACAUAUUUGUGUUUUUCUUGGCUAAUACAAUACCAGGCUUAGCUGAUUCUGUGUGCUUUCUCAUAGUUUCAGCAGCCUGUGGAGGAUCAUUUCUGCAGCGCAAAGUCAAAAAUCACAGAUGUCUCUCUUGUGAAAAGCUGUGGAAUACAAACAACAUGUCACUUUUUUUUAAAGACUCUGUCUCUCCCUGCCUUGCAUUGUCUUGUUUACUGUGAAUGUUUUUUCCCCAAAUAUUGAUGUCUUUGUUUUAUUACUGCCUCUGAAAUGACCACUAAAACAGCCUGUAAAUAAACAUGCAGUUAUUAAUUACCACA